AAGACACAAAUCGUAGCUGUUAAUGCAAAUGUGCGUUUGUCCUGUCAGUUUUGCGUUAUUGAUUUGACAAUUACUUGUAGGCAUCACAGUAGGUAACCUCGAGACUAGUCGGACCCCAGUCAGCUGACAGUAGAAUCAAGCUAGGAGCACAGUCCAUUUCAUCUGUCACAAAUCAAUGAUCUGUCUCUCUUCUUUAUUUGAUCCCUUGACGCUCGAUAGAUACAUAUACUCAGGAUACACAUCAAUAUUGGUGUAGGCCUACUUGCAUCUGUAACAUCUCGUAUUGUGAGUGGCUGGCCGACCUGGGCUAGACAGUUAGCACAGUAGCUUGACCAUUUCAAUAACAUUCACAAACAAUGUCGGGACCAAAUGGAGAUCCCGACCUCUCUAUUGAAGACGGCAUUAUCGACGACGAGGACGAGUUCAGCGUAGAAGAGUACGCAGCCAUCAACUCAAUGCUGGAUCAGAUCAACUCGUGUCUGGAUGACUUGGAGGAGCGCAACGACUCUUUGAACGGCAAACUGCAGGAGUUACUCGCGGCUAACCGGCAGGUGAGACAUGAGAUGCGAGCCCAGCAGAGCGCUCCCACGGCCUCCGCGGAGGAUAAACCGCUGCAGGACGAGUCCUCACCUGCCGAAGCGGAAAAGGACGGAGAGUCAAGUGAAGGACGUUAACACAGCAACAUUGUUCAGCUGUAACGGACUAUAACGUAAAGCGAGGCUAGAGCUCUUCCCAUAACAGUCCUCAGCAACACUCCACCCACCCGUGUGAACGUUUCCUGAAGUGUGCUGUAGUGCAGACGCAUUGUGUAGAGGAUGGAAAGGGGCUUUAUGUUCGUUGUCCAAAUUAUGUAGCACUUCCGGAUUUUUCUCUGGUACUAGUCAGCACCCUCAGUACGGUUCCUGCUAUUAACUACACAAUGAGCCAAAUGCUGACUGCUUUCAUCGUUCCUCCGAGUUUUUCCAUUGAUUUGCUAAUCAAUAUAUAGCCUCUUCAUAAUCAUUUACCUAUGCAUUAAAUAUGGUUGUGUUGUUCGCUGUCUUGACUCAUCGUAGGCCUAUAGGGAA